AUGUCCUACUUCUACCUCGUUAGUGGCUACUACGUUACAAGGAAGCAAAUGACCAUGGCGCUUAUAUCGCUACACUACAUCUCACCCUUCAAAUACGCUUAUGAAGCUCUCGCUAUCGAUCAAUUUGACAGGUAUUAUUAUUCAGUCCCUGUUAUUCCUCCGCUCUCCUUACUGUCUCUCUCUUCUGUCCCAUCCCAUCUCUGCUCUCUCGUCUCAUCUCUUCUCAACUAUCCCAACUCUUCCCUCUCAUUCUGUCUAUCCUCUCUCUCGUCCCACCUCUCCUCUCCCUCAUCCCACCUCCCCUCUCUCUCAUCCCUCCUCUCCUCUCUCUCAUCCCACCUCUCCUCUCUCUCAUCCUAUCUCUCCUCUUUCAUCCAUCUCCCCUCCCUCUCAUCCCAUUUCUCCUCUCUCUUCCCAUCUCACCUCUCAUCCCAUCUCUUCCCUCCCAUCCCAUCAUCCCUCCUCUCUCAUCCCACGUCAUCACUCCCAGGCCGAGCCCCUGCUACCUGA